AUCAACUUUAUUUAGUCCAGUGGGCGGGCCCCGGCUGUGUCCGCAUACUGGCUGCAGUAAAGCAAAUGUUCAUCCCUGUCUUCAUACGAGCGUUGCCUUCGCGAGCACGCAUUUUGAGUCAUACGUAGACGUUCGAUGCCGGCAGCUGCGUGGACCGGUUUUUAACGGGUCGGAUCCUAAGAGAUCGAAAUCGAUAGAAGAACGCUCACGAGACGUCAGUGGCAGCUCCGGCUCUGGACAACUUCUUCUUUUUCCACCCUCUUUUUUUUUCUUUUUGGAAUGUAGAGCAUCUGUUUUGUGUCGUCGCCUAAACAGCUUCUGCGUGUGUUUCCGUCUGACCUGCAUUUCCCGCUGUCAGAAUUCGGCCUUUGUUUGGCUGCCGGAGUGCAUUCGUUUUGUGUGAAGGUGCGCUCAGAUGAGGUCUGCACGGAUGAGACUAGAGAAAGGGCCUGGAUGGGAAAGAGCGUGAUUAUGGACAACCUUUUGGACUUUGGAGGCCCCUGUCCUUCCAGCCGCAGAGACUGGGAUUCCAGCAGCUGCAUGGAUGAUUUGAUGGAUGAAGAUGAGAAAGACAGGGCAAAAAGGGCAUCCCGAAACAAAUCAGAAAAGAAAAGAAGAGACCAGUUCAAUGUGCUCAUCAAGGAGCUAUGCACCAUGCUGCAAGGCCAAGGCCAUCCUCGCAAGAUGGACAAGUCCACCAUACUACAAAGAACCAUCGACUUCUUACAGAAACAAAAAGACAUCAGUGCUCAGAAUGAAACGUGUGACGUGAGACAAGACUGGAAGCCUUCAUUCCUCAGCAACGAGGAGUUCACCCAGCUCAUGCUCGAGGCACUGGAUGGUUUCUUGAUAGCAUUAACUACAGAUGGAAACAUCAUAUACGUGUCGGAUAGUGUGUCUUCACUUAUUGGACACUUGCCGUCAGAUAUGGUGGACCAAAAUAUCUUAAAUUUCCUCCCGGAGCUAGAACACGGAGAGGUGUAUAAGCUGCUAUCAUCUCACAUGCUGAUGACUGACCCCAUUGCUGCUGACUUCCUGACCAGUGAGGCACAUGUGGAAUUUUGCUGUCACCUUGCCCGAGGGAACAUCGAUCCAAAAGAGCCGCCUGUGUACGAGUAUGUCAAGUUUGUCGGAGAUUUCAAGUUUCAUAACAAUGUGCCUACGUCCUCUUGUAAUGAGGUUGAAUUGACGUUACCAAGAAGCCUGCAGACGUCGCUGGAGGAGCAGGUCUGCCUCAUUGCCACUGUGCGAUUAGUCACGCCGCAGUUUCUCAAGGAUUUGUGCAAUGUGGAUGAUCCUUGCGAUGAAUUCACGUCCAGACACAGCCUCGAAUGGAAGUUUCUGUUUUUAGAUCACAGAGCUUCUCCAAUCAUCGGAUAUUUACCCUUUGAAGUUCUUGGAACAUCUGGCUAUGAUUACUAUCAUGUGGACGACUUGGAGCUUAUAGCUCAAUGUCAUAAGCAACGUGAGUAA